AUGUUGCGAGCGAAAAUUCUGGAAAUUUGGCAAAAUCAGGAGAUUUUUGAGGAGAUGGAUCGGCUCAAAAUUGAGCUCGAAAUGGCUGAGGCGAAAACGGCGGGAUUUUGGGAGGAUUUGAGAUUGAUGACGGGAGCCGGGCUGUUUUUGGGAACUUCCACGUGGAUUUUUGGAGCCAGGAGGGGAUUUUUGAUCGGAGUUGGAGGUGAGUAGAGAUUUGGGGGAACAUUUGGCAAAAAAUGAGCCAGAAUAGGUGAAUUUUGAGCUGAAAAUGACUGAAAAUCAAAUUUUGCUCGAAAAUAUUCAUUUUUGUUGAAAAUUUUGAAAAUUCAAGAAAAAAAAUGAGCUAGGUUUGGUGAAUUUUGAGGUUUUUGGCACAAAAUUUGAGCUGAAAAUGAUUUUUCUAGAAAUUCUGAUCUGAAAUUGACUGAAAAUCAAAUUUUAGCUUGAAAAUAUCCGAAAAAUUCGAUUUUUCAGCCAAAAAUCUGAAAAUUUUGCAGAAAUCACUAAUUUUUCAUAUAAAUUUCAAAUUUUCAACCAAAAAAUCAAUAAUUUUUGCAGGCCUUUUCCUAACCUACAAAUGGUAUUUGCGAAAACUCAAAUCACUGAAAAUUGCGAUUCAAAAAAUGGAAAAACUUCAGAAAUUGUGCAGAAAAAAGCAGCAAACCGAGUUUUGGUCAGUUUUUUUCAUUCUGAAAUUAAUUUCAGAUCGAAAUUUCUAGCAUCUUCCUGCGAAUCCCUCAAAAAUCACCAAUUCUCAUCAAAUCCUGUCAAUUAUCGAUUGAUUUCAUCCGCAAACUGUGGAGGAGCGACACGGAUGAAACCGCGCUUCACAAUUUCUAUCCGCCUGAGAUAUCGCGCGUCUUCACGGCGGAAACCGCGGCCGAUUCGCUGGAGCACUUGGAGAUGCUCCAAAAUUUGGCUAGACUUCAUUUGAGCGAAUUUUGCGCGGAGUUUCUUUGCUCGCGCGAGUCGCUGAAUCACUGGCGAAUUUUGGAACUCGCGCGAUUCGCGGACAACUUUGCGGAACUCGAGAAAAUGGCGACGCCCCGCGUUAAAAUCGCGAAGACGCGGCGAAAUCCGCCCGCCGAUUUCAAUACGUGGAAAUAUGAGGUGGCUUUGGGUCUCGAAGCGAUUUCGGCGAAAUUGCAAGAUGAUGAUGACGUGGCAAAAGUGGACAUUGAAAAGGCCGUGAGGAAAUUGCUAGAAAUUUUGGGAAAAACUGAAAUUGUUGAAAAUUUGGCUGAAAAUGUAGAGAAAUUGGAGAUUCCCGAAGAAAUUGAUGAGCAAAUGCGCCCCAUUGAGAAGAAUUUGAAUUUGAAUUUGGAUUUGGUGGGUUUUUUUUUCGGGAUUCUCAUGCAAAGUUGUUUUUGGCCAAUUUCUUGACCUACAGUAGCCCAAUUUUUGUUGAAAAAAAAACAAUAUUUGAUCUACAGUGUUUUUAUUUUGGUUACUGUAGCUUGAAAAUUUAUGCCUAAAAUUGAAUUACUGAAGAUCAAAUUUGGGUUACUGUAGAUCAAAUUAUCGGCGCUGAAAUUUGGAUUAUUGUAGAUCGACAAUUGGCUUUAGAAUCGGGUUACUGUAGCUGAACUUUUAAUCUACAGUAAUCCCAUUUUGACAACAAAAUUUGGCUACUGUAGGCUCUAAAAUCUAGCUGCAAAAAUUAUCGGAAAAUUUUGUAUUCCGACCUACAGUAACCCAAGUUUUGGCCUCAAAUUUUUGAUCUACAGUAAUCCGAAUUUUCAAACAUUACAUGCAGUAAUUCAAGUUUUGGCGCGAGUCUAAUUUGUCUACAGUAUUUACAUUUGAUUUACAGUCCCAGAAUUUUCAACCUAAAGUACUCCCAAUUUUCCCGCCAAAACCUCCAAUUUUUUGCAGAUGUUCGAAGGUCAAUCAAUGUCCGACGCGGAAAAAUCGCGAAAAUGCGGCGCGGCCCGCGAUCAUUUUCUCGACGGCUGCGAAGCGCGUCGCCACGAAAAAUCGCUGCUUGGCGAGCUCGCGGCAGUUCUGGAGCCGCGACGCGCGACAUUCGCGCAUCGCGAAAAACUCGCACUCGCCAGAUUUUAUGGUUGCAGUGAAGGGGAAUUGGAGGAGAAGCUGCGACAGGAAGAGCAAAAGAAGGAGCAGGAGAUUUUGGAUCACGAAAAUUUAGAGCCCGAAAAUUAUGACUGGAAAUUGGAGGCUGAAAAUCGCGAAGGAAUUCAUCGCGCCGCUGAAAAUUUGGAUUUUUUGCAAAUUUUGAAGCAAAAAUGUGUGCGAGAUGAAAUUAUCGAAUAG